GGUCACCCUCUUCUAUACCUCCGCUCCCCUCCCAACGUCACCAAAUACUUAGCUCGCUCGCGCACUGGCUCCUCUCACCACCUUCCCUUUCUUUCUGUUUCAUACAUCCCGCCCCAGACCUAGACCAAGUGACAUCACGGGAAGAGACAAGGGGCUUCGCCCAGCCCUGCUCCCAACUCCAGUUACAAAAACACACAGGAACUGAACUGUCAAAAGAUCGCACCGCACUGCUGGUUUGUCUAUAGCCUAUGGAGAACCAGGCCACACUUAUAGGACUAAGCCUAACCAAACCUUUGUUUCUUUUCAUCCGGGGAUGAGGUGGAAUAUCCAGCAGUUUAGCGCGCGCACCUCCGAUUACCGAGCCUCUAAAUCAAUGAUUCUUUAAAACGGGGUACAUAGUAUCAUAUGUUACUCAGCGGGUUCCAUUUCCUUAAUGCGCGCGAGCAGGACCUCGAUGGCAUGAUGCUCCCGAGCCCACUCACUUCCACGCCGUUCUCAGUCAAGGAUAUUCUCAAACUCGAGCAGCUAGAGCAGCAGCAGCGAUCUCAACAUCUGGACCCGCAACAGAUCCAACACCUGUCCCACACCCAACAACACUUAGUACAGCCGGACUCGACCCAGCAACAGCAGACCCAGUCCCAGCAUUUCCAGGCGCCGCCGUCCUGUAUGCUUGCUUCAGCGGUCGACAGCCCUCGGUUCUCGGACGGGGAGGACAACAUGGCUUACAUGAGUUCUCUGGCGGCCCGGGACCGGCAUGGAGAGGCCAGUCUGUCCCCGGAGAUGUUCGUCCAUUCCGGGCUGGGCCAACUGACAGACCCGAAGCUGGAGGUAGACCUGGAGGAUCAGGAAAACAAGAGCUGUGGCGUGGUGUCCAAGCCGCUGGAGGGAGAGGACAGCGGGCAGGGGGACUCGGAGCGGCCGGCCAAGCAGAGAACCAGACGGAAACCCCGGGUCCUCUUCUCCCAAGCCCAGGUGUUCGAGUUGGAGCGGCGUUUCAAGCAGCAACGGUACUUGUCCGCUCCGGAACGAGAACACCUGGCGAGCACUCUCAAACUCACCUCCACGCAGGUCAAAAUCUGGUUCCAGAACCGACGGUACAAGUGCAAGCGGCAGCGGCAGGACAAGUCCCUGGAGCUGGCAGGACAUCACCACCCUCCCCCGCCAAGACGAGUUGCGGUGCCGGUCCUGGUCAGGGAUGGGAAGCCCUGUCUGGGCGGGACUCAGAACUACAAUGCUCCGUACGGGUCGAGCCCCUAUAGUUAUAACGGAUACCCAGCCUACACGUACAACAACCCGGCAUACAACAGCAACUACAGCUGUACUUACACCAGUAUCCCUACUCUCCCCCCAUCCACCACGGCUAACCCCUUCAUGACCAUGAACUUGGGGAACAUUGGGGGGCUUAGCGCCUCUCCCCAGCCCCAAACGCACCAAGGGACAGCGGUCACGACAUGUCAGGGCUCAUUGCAAGGGAUCCGGGCCUGGUAGCUCCACUCCGGUUACACCCGGGAUCAAACCGGAGCAUUGUUUUCAUACCCACACCGGUGACAUUAAUCGAAUCCUCUCAUGCAGCUUUUUAAGGGUUCUUCCCCUUUUUUAAAUAAAGAUAGUUAUUUCUCAGCAGUAUCUCGGAAACAGUGUUGUUUUUAUGUAGUUAUAGGCCUUCGUGUCUGCCUGGUGCGGUGGCUGUCGUUGGAUUAAGACUGAAAAGGUGCAAAUUCAACAUGUUUACUCCACUCUCGGUGACGGUCAUCAGAAAGAAGCUGUGCGUAACGGUUGAAAUGGAUUUAUGACCAACAAUGGUCGCAUUUUAUUUGAAUGACCAACUAUCCAGUUAACGUUGGAUAGAUAGGACAGGACUAAUCACCAGAUAAUAAACGUGAUAAUUGUGAUAUACGGAGUAAAUAGUCACUUGUAAGCAUGUGCUUAAAAGGAUGUCCGGAUUAUUCAACACUGAUGGCCUAUAGGUGGAGUUUCCCAAUCUACUGUUCUCAAGGACUUGCUUGAUAUUUCUAAUAUUUCUUUAGCCAUGAUGACAAGAGAAGAAAGAGAGUGUUUGAUUGUUUUGAAGCUUAUGUAAUUAAUUGACAUUUAUUUGAUUAAUUCCAUUAUCGCAUUAAAAAUAUCCUGGAAUGGCAGAAAUUGAAAUGGGAUGUAUUCCAACCUUGAGCUCUGAACACAAAUAACAACAUGUUAUAAAAUCUCAUAACUUGCUUUCGAAAACGAAUAAAUUCCAUAUGUUGCUACUUUGCGCAAACA